UUUAAUUUUUUUGAUCGACCUUGCCCUUUGAACUUGAUCAACUUCCUGGUUUAUCCUUUGGUUGUUCAAUCUUACCACCUUUUUCCUAAUUACCUUCGUCUAUUCCAUCUCAAUCUCUAUCAAUCCAAUAUCAUCAUGCCUGGUCCUGAUUCUGAUCGUCAACCAAGUCGCUCGCCAGGUGCAUACGGUGGUAGUUCUCGUCGCUCAGUCUCUCCCUCCCGUCCUGGCGAGGAGUCAGUCAAUCAUCGCGAUAGGCCUAUCGUAUCUGGCCCACCUGUCCGUCCUCGUCAUGCCCCUCAAGACGUUCAACCCACCAACGUUCUUGGAGUCUUCGGUCUUAGCAUUCGUACACGAGAAUCGGAUCUGGAGGCAGAAUUCAGUCGAUACGGCAAAGUGGAAAAAGUCGUGAUUGUCUAUGAUCAACGAAGUGAUCGAUCGCGUGGUUUUGGCUUUGUUACCAUGCGUGAUGUUCAAGAUGCCUCAACGUGUAUAUCCGAGCUGAAUGGGCUGGAUUUGCACGGCCGCCCAAUUCGAGUUGAUUACUCAGUUACCACCAAACCUCAUCAGCCUACUCCUGGUCAAUAUAUGGGUACCAAGCGAGAAGAGGAAGAGCGUGCAGCCUAUGAUCGAUUCGGUAGCAGUGGCGGAGGCUACGGUCAUGGAGGCUACCAGAGUCGUGGAUAUGGUGGUGGUGGCUACCACAGUAGCUAUGGUUAUGGUGGUGGCUUUCGUCGGGAUGAUUGGCGCAGUCGCGGUGAUGAAGGCUACGGAUACGGACGCAGCCGAGAUGAUCCUGGUUAUUCUCGCUACCGCGAGAGUGAUAGACGAGGCUCUCCCCGUCGUUCAAGACACGAUGAAUCUCCGCCGCGCAGACGUCGCCGAUCCGUCAGUCGAUCGCGCUCCCCGGCUCCCCGCGGGUCAGCCAGGCGUGCAUCUCUGCCUCGCGAUUAUGAUGACGUGAAUGGUGAAGCUGCCAUCACGAAUGGAAAUGGGUUGAGCGCCUCUGCGCCUCCCCCUCCCCCUCCACCGGCUGAAACUGCCCGGUGGUAAAUCAUGCUCAUCAGACGUCGAUGAGAUGAUUCAGCUCUGUUUGGAAAGGUAAUAUCAUCCCCAUUGUACCUCUUCUAGGUAGUGUUGACUGUGUCUCUUGCUUUGUUGGUGGACAUCUUGCUUUUUUCACAAGUCAAAAGCGAGAAAGCAAUGGGGAAGCAACACGUCCCGUCUGCAACAUACAACUUCAUCCGCACCAAGAUCAAAACAUCCAUCCAAUCUCCCAUAGUACGAAAAACCUUAGUUUAGUCUUCCCAAUUAUUUUCAUUUACGUUCUUUCGUAACUGUUACCCUUAGGCUCCGGUGAUUCGGCUACUUGACCCAUAAGAGACAGUCUUAUUUUGAGUUUUUAUCAUUCUUUUUUUCUUGGGGCUUUUUUUGUUACAAUCGGGCUGUCCUACUUCCCACUUUCUUUCAAGAGAGAAGGUCAUUCGAGCAAAAAAAGAACAGAGAAAAUCUCAAUCUCACACUAGGAAAUGCCUGAACAUAUGAAGAAAUGAAGAUAAACGCAAGUUUUCCACAAAAAAAAGAAUGAAUGAAUGAAUGAAUGAAUCUCUUUAUUUUCGAUGAGAAUGAAAGUCCCCAAUAACUGCCUCUUGCAUUCAACUAGGUUCAACCCCCCUACAAUGAAAAGGUGAAGAUGAAAGAACAAGCGAAACUCUCUAGAAGUCUAACGUUCGAGUCAAGUUGAUUUAGGUUGAUUUUUCCCCUCUCUUUUUUCAUUUUUUGUUACAUUUUUUUCCCUAUCACUCCUUAUUUAUUCAUAUUCCAUUAAUUAUUAUUAAUUGAGGCUCUUCUCCUAUGACUUAGAUGGGUUCAUGUGAAAUGCUGAAUCUUUGGAAUUGUUGUUUGCUUACCUUGUUUUGAUUGAAAAAAGUACUAGAAAGUGAAGGUCUCAUAAUGUGAUUCUUAACUUGAUGACAUACCUCAGU